GAUAAGCGAGGCUACGGCCUUCAUGGCGGCCUCAGCCACUCCAUACUACAGCAGAUAGCUUCACAUUCUGGUGGUGGCGACAGUCUCGGAAGUCUCCAGCUGUUACUGGGUGGCCACCAGGCGGCACAUCAAAGGGGCCACUCAGCUGCCGACCUGGCUAGCCGGGCCGCGGGCCAGGCGACAGCUGCAGCAGAGUCACAAGCGGAAGCAGCCUACAAGGCAGCACAGGAAGCAUCGCGGAAAGUGGCAGCGAAGGCGUCGAGUGCAGCACAACAAGCUCAGGCAGCAGCAGCAGCCAAAUACUCCCAAGCAGCACAGCUCACCCAGGCUGCUCAACUAGCGCAAGCAAUCGUCUUCAAGGAAGCUGCCCAGGCUGCUCAAACUAAACGCACUGUAAAAGCAGCUGAAUCGAUUCAGCUAUUGGCGCUGUCACAAAUAGCUAUCCUGCAGCAGGCACUAGGGGCGGCCGAGGCUCAGGCAGCAGUGGCGCAGCAGGUGUUGACCUCCGCCACUGAGGCUUACUAUCAGCAGAGUACCACACUCAGCCAGGCACAAGCCGUAUCUAAUAAAAUUUUGCAAAAACAGAAUAUUGCUGUAUCACAGCUAGCGAGAACCCAGGGUGCGGCCCAGCAGGCACAGGCCGCCGCCACCAAGGCUUUAUAUAAGGCUCACCCGGCUCGUGGCCAGUCACCUCUCUACACCAAACACUGACUGCCACAAUGUUGAUAGCACGCACACUCUCACACAACAGUAACAUAACUCGCAGCUGGUUGAAAACCAUGACAACUUCAAGUGAUGGCAGAGAGAGUUCUUUUACUCAAGGAUGAAAUAUAUUCCUUCGUAACACAUGAUGACCUUCACCGUACACACACUUUACUCUUACUGUUAAUACUAAUGAAAGGACCAUUGUAAAAACCUGCCACCCCAGCCUCACCUAUGAUCACUGCUACUACACAACACCACCACUACGUCACAACACCACCACUACAGCUCGACACAUCUUCAUCAUUUUAAAACAGGUACUUCACCACUUACUGUAUCCAUGACAACAAAAAGAGUUGCAAGUCAGAUUAUAAGCAGAGAGGCAUCAUAUCAGACGAACCGUAUCUUCAAUGAAUAAGUUCUGAAUCAACGACAACUAGUGGAUUAAGAAUAUAUCAAUGCAGUUCAAGGAGCGUCAGGUUUAUUUAUAGCAAAUCAAACUAUUUAAAUUCAUAUAUAUAUAUUAUAGACUAUAUAUAGAUGCAACUGUGGAAGCUGUUGGUCGAUAUUUGGGUUCAAAUUUCGGCCGAGUUCAACGCCAUUGUGAUUUAAGUGGCCGCAAGGUGAAGCGUCAGACUCGGGGUCUAAUCAACACAAGUUUACAAUGCAACGUUUGCUCAAUGAAGAAAGCUGCCAAUAACAAUAGGAUUUCCAACUGCAUUCCUGAAAUAUAAUGAAGAUAAUGUUCUUAGUACAUGUAUAUUGGCUACAGUAUACCAUGCUAGUCAAUUGUCGCAUUGUGAAUGUCGAGUUUUGCCAGAAGCCCAGAUGCCAAGAGUCGCCACAGCUACCACAUGCCACUCCUGUAUAUAAUUCCAUUAUUUAAUAAAUAACUUAUGUUUCUUGAA